AGCCUGGGGACUUGCAGCUAUAUCUUGGUUCAGUUUCUCAAGUUGUCACCUGAAGAAUCUGCAGAAGAUCCUAUCUACCAUGUGUUAUUGCGGAGCAACGAGGAACAGAAGGCAGCCGGGAAGAGGUGUCGUCUAGUGGUUGCUGCAACCAGAAUUGCUUACCCCAUUUUGGGUUGUGUGCUGAUAGCAACUGUGGUUUACGCUGCGAUGACGGAUGGUUCUCCUUUUCGCAAAGAGGUCCUCCUGGCACCGUGGCAGACGACAACAGUGGUCGACUUCUAUGUACACAUUGUGGCUCUUUUGGUAUGGGUUGUGUAUAAGGAAACAAGUUGGCUAAGUGCUUCUCUGUGGAUACUUCUAUUUGUAUGUUUUGGCAGGUAA